UAUUCCUCCCACUGACACCAAUGAUGGGGCACUAUUCCUCCCACUGACACCAAUGAUGGGGCACUAUUCCUCCCACUGACACCAAUGAUGGGGCACUAUUCCUCCCACUGACACCGAUGAUGGGGCACUAUUCCUCCCACUGAACUGAAAGAAGGAGCAGCCGCUCCUCUCCCCCACUGACACUAACGAUGGGGCACUAUUCCUCCUCCACACUGACACCAACGAUGAGGUACUGUUCCUCCCCCACUGACACCAACGAUGGGGCACUAUUCCUCCUCCCCACUGACACCAACGAUGGGGCACUAUUCCUCCCCCACUGACACCAAUGAUGGGGCACUUUUCUCCCCACUGAUACCAAUGAUGGGGCACUAUUCCUCCCCCACUGACACCAAUGAUGGGGCACUAUUCCUCCCCCCACUGACACCAACGAUGGGGCACUAUUCCUCCUCCCCACUGACACCAACGAUGGGGCACUAUUCCUCCUCCCCACUGACACCAAUGAUGGGGCACUAUUCCUCCCCCCACUGACACCAAUGAUGGGGCACUAUUCCUCCUCCCCACUGACACCAAUGAUGGGGCGC